AUGGGGACUCCUCUGGUGUCGUGGGCAUCGGCCCCUUACGCCGCAGCCCUGCUGUUGUUCGUCGUCUCCUACUUCAUCAUAUACCCCUUCGUAGAGUACAUCCGAGAUCCCAAAGGCCUGCGAAGGUUUCCCAACUUCAGCCCCUUCUCUGGCAUCUCCAGCAUCCCCUUCACCAUCCUGGCCCACUCGGGCGACCGGUCAAGGCGCCUGGCCAAGCUGCACAAGGACCGGCCCAUCCUGCGCACGGGGCCCAACACCCUCUCGUUCGGCACCGUCCGCGCCAUCAAGGACAUCUACGGCCACGGCACGCCCUGCGUCAAGGAUGAGUCGUACGCUCUCCUCGCCGGCACGCACUACCACCUGGCCGACGUCGUGGACAAGAGCGACCACGCCCGCAAGCGCAAGGUGCUGUCGUCGGCGUACGCGCUCAAGAACCUCGAGAGCUGGGAGUACAAGGUAGCCGACAAGGUGGAGCGCAUGAUCGGGCAGUUCGACAGGCGGUGCGCCGCCCUCCCGCAGAAGGACGGCACGUUCCCCGGCGCCGAGGAGCUCAACAUCGACUACCGAAUGUGGACCAACUUCUUCGCCCUCGACGCCAUCGCCGACAUCGGGCUGAGCGACCGCCUCGGCUUCCUGGACCAGGGCACCGACCGCGUCGUCGCCCAGCGCAAGGACGGCUCCACGUACGAGACCAACCUGCGCCAGUGCCUGUACCCCACCGCCCGCAAGCAGUCGCUCCUGAUCUGGUCCUACGGCUGGUACAAGCUCAUCGACAAGAUGGCCAACGUGAUCCCCUUCUACCGCCGCAUGACAGAGUCCUCCCGCGGCUGGGACGACAUCAUCCUCGGCCGCGGCAACAAGCGGCUGGAGCGCUACCGCGCGGGCGAGAAGCUCGACGACUUCUUCCAGGCCCUCAUGGAGGACAAGUCCGGCUCCCCCAACCUGCUCGAGUGGGGCGAGAUCCUCGCCGAGGUCAACAUCAUGAUGAACGCCGGCAGCGUCACCACCGCCAUCGCCAUCGCAAACGUCACCUUCCAGCUGCUCAAGAACCCGGCCUGCCUGCGCCGCCUGCGCGAGGAGAUCGACGCCGUCCUCGAUCCGGACGAGGUCGUCGCCCCUUACGACAAGGUCAAGCACCUCCCCUACCUGCGCGCCUGUCUGGACGAGUCCCUCCGCCUCUUCCCUCCGACGCCCCACGGCCUGCCUCGCGCCACCCCGCCCGAGGGAUCAAUGAUUCUGGGCGAGUGGAUCGCCGGAAACACCACCGUCAGUAUCUCCGCCAUGGUCGCCCACCGCGACGAGAGCGUCUUCUACGAGCCCGAGAAGUUCAUCCCCGAGCGCUGGAUAGGAGAGAAAGGCAAGGAGCUGCAGCCGUACUUCGUGACCUUUAGCGCCGGGGCCCGCGGCUGCAUCGGUAGAAACAUCUCGUAUCUGGAGCAGACUGUCUGUGUGGCGAGUAUACUACACAGAUACGACAUGGCCAUGGCGCCUGGAUUCGAGUUAGAGAGGCUGGAGACAAUGAACCACAUCCUCGGGCCGAUGCCUGUGAAGAUGUGGAGGAGGCAACUGGAUGCCGAGUAUGAGUGA